UUGCAAGAAUAGAAGACUAUUUAGGUAAACAUGUAAACCGAUCUUAUCCUCGUCCAAGGACUCGUUGAGCCAACCGCCAUUUUCCAGCGAGGUCUGGCGAAGGACUCGUUGAGCCAACCGCCAUUUUCCAGCGAGGUCUGACGAAGAAGGAGCCCAUUUUUCCCGCAAGAGGGAACCACAGCUCGAUUUUUCCUGGCCAGUUGCCGGAGAUUUCGAUUCGCCGACGUCGAGGAGGGAACGCGAGAGAGGAUGAAAGCUUCACUGAAGCUGCGUGAAGACCGGACUCCUCUCCUCAGGGCGAAGUUUCCAGUAGGAAUCUUAGGGUUUCCAUUCGUUUCUGGAAUUACAGGUGGGGACCCCGGCGAUUUGUCGUUCAGCCUCCAGACGGCUUGGAUCCCCGGCCUCUCUUUGAAGGUUUCCUACAGACCUAACGAUGCGCACAGACCCUUCGUCUUCGCGGUGAAGUCCGGAAUCGGACAUUCGAGCUCGCCGGAGAGGUCUCCCGUCAUGGUGAUGGCCGCUGAGUUCAGCCUCCUGAGGAAAGGGGCCCCCUGUUUUUUGCUUCAGAUGAAGCCGGAGUUCGGCGACUUCUCAGCGAAGAAGUCGGUUGCGUCUCAGUCCGAAAACCCUAGCCGACUGACUGGAGCCACGGAGAUGGAGAGCUCAAGAGCAAAUGGCAUGUUUGAGGCGUUCGAGAAAGGGUUAUCGGAGGAGGUCCCAGUGGAGAAGUUGCUUAAAUUCGAGGACGCUCAAUCGCAGCCUGCUGCUGCUGCGACGAUCCGAGAGUUGUUCUCCGGGACGGCAAUCACGGCAAGGACAAGGUUCCCUCUGAGGAAAAACGUCGCGCUGAAGGUCCGGUGGGGGAUGCAUCUGCCGCCGGAUUGGCAGGGCGCCAGCGUUAGAUUCCGCGGCAACCUCGUUGGUGCGAACUUCCCAUUCUUGACUGUGGACAAGAUCAGCAUCGAGAAUGUGGAACCCACCAGUAGUAUUCCGCCAUUAAAACCAUUGGAGAUAGAAGGGAAACCGUCGGAAACGGGCAUAUCGAAGGUGAUGCUCUACACGAUGAAAGAGGAGUUGGAAACUCUUCGGAGAGAGAAUGGUCUGAUCAGAGAUAGCAUUCAGGAGCUGAAGUCGAGACUUAGGAAAGAGAAUGGUGGUAGCCUGCCGUCAAUUGAGGUUCAUAAAAUGGACGAUGGGGCAAAGAAGAAAACAGGCGGCGUAGAUAAUGGUAUUCAGGAACGGAAGUCGCCUGCAUAUUCAGGGAGAACGAGGAACUCGAAUGCCCCGUCGGCGGUAGAUGUGAGUGAAGAGUUGAAGAAAGCCAUCAAAGGUGCCACUGGCGCCUAACCUUUGCCAUCUUUCUGCGAAGUUUCAGUGUAUAUUUCUGCCGAUUUACGCUUCUUCUUUACCCACCCAUAUGCUAAUUAAAAUGUUGGGACAAACGCUCUCUCUGUAUCAUAAUUGAGGUCAAGGAAUUGCAUUUUAUUCUCGUUGUUA